UUUGCGAAGCGUUCUUGUUGUACAACACAUCCAGUCCAUCUGUCUUCUGUUUCUCUGCAUCUUGUUAUUCAUUGCAUUCCUCGUCCUCUUCCUCGGGUUCGGGUUCGGAGCAGCUAGUACUGUUCGUGACCGGCGAUGUCUGAGGCAGGAACAGAGAUACAGGAGAGCCACGCAGGUGAUCGAGACGCCCUGCUGGCCCUCUACCACGGCACGGGAGGCCCCUCCUGGCAUAACAGAUCAGGCUGGGGGUCGGACAGGCCGCUCAAUGAGUGGUACGGCGUUACCACAAACUCGGCGGGACGGGUCGUGGCGCUGGAGCUGAGGUACAACAACCUUCAGGGUUCUAUCCCAGCGGGCCUGGGUGAGCUAGGCGCCCUGGAGCACUUGCACCUGACCAACAACGAACUCCACGGAGCCAUCCCGCCCGAGCUUGGGCGACUCCACUCCCUCACGGACCUUCGUCUGUACUGCAACCAUCUCUCCGGCAGCAUCCCGCCGGAGCUAGGAAAUCUCCUUGCUCUCAAGAAGCUAGUGGUCUACAGCAACGACCUCUCUGGGACGGUUCCGCCGGAGCUGGAGGGGCUACGGGCUCUGGAGGAGCUCCUUUUGUCGGACAACAAGCACCUCCUAGGUGACAUCCCGCCGGGGCUGGACCGAAACCUCGCUCUGAACAGGCACACGAAGCAGCUCCCCGCCGGCGUACUCGCGGGCAUGUUCUCUCCGAUUGGUAGCUCUCGCUGGGAGGACGCCACGCUGGAGGACGAUUCGAAAACGAUAUUCUCCAUCUUCUCCGUAGACGGCAACGAAGGAGUGACUCCUGCUGAUUCUCGUGCCCCUUCAGCUGAUCCUCCAUUCGCUGCUGCUGGUGCUGCUGCUGCUGCUGCUGCUGCUGCUGCUGCUGCUGCUGCUGCCUCCCGUGGUGGUGGUGCUCCUGAGAAAGAGCGCGAGCGCCAAGGUUUUCGUCUAUAUUAUCUUGUCGUGGUUGAAGUCGUCUGGCACCGAGCGCCUUGGUUCCUAAUCCCUGCCUGGUGA